ACCUGUGUGCGCUGGUGAUCUAUUCUGCAGCAGCCACCUCUUUCCUGUCUGUCUGUCUCCUUCUCUCCCUUUCUAAAGCAGCCCACCAGCAAACCAACAUGCCUCCAAAGAAGCCUGAACCUAAGAAGGCCGAACCUAAGAAGGAGGAACCCAAACCAGCACCUAAACCAGCAGAACCAGAACCCAAAAAAGAAGUUGAAUUUAACCCAGCUUCUAUCAAAGUCGAAUUCACCCCUGAUCAGAUUGAAGAAUUUAAGGAAGCGUUCUCACUCUUUGACCGGACUCCUAAAUCUGAGAUGAAAAUCACAUAUGCACAAUGCGGAGAUGUCCUGAGAGCUUUGGGGCAGAAUCCAACCCAGGCUGAGGUCAUGAAAGUGCUUGGCAGACCAAAAACAGAAGAAAUGAAUUCCAAGAUGAUUGACUUUGAGACCUUCCUUCCCAUGCUCCAACAUAUUGCCAAGACAAAAGACACAGGCACCUAUGAGGACUUUGUGGAGGGGCUGCGUGUGUUCGACAAGGAGGGAAAUGGAACAGUGAUGGGGGCUGAACUCCGCCAUGUUUUGGCUACGCUGGGUGAGAGGUUGACUGAAGAGGAAGUUGAUAAACUAAUGGCUGGUCAGGAAGAUGCCAACGGCUGUAUCAACUAUGAAGCUUUUGUGAAACAUAUCAUGGCUAACUGAAUGCCAGGACAAGAUAGGCGUCGAGAAUCCCAGAUGCUGGCCUUGGAUUUUGAUGGAAUGGAAUGUCUUCUCAUUUUUUCAGCCUGGAUUCCCAUUACAGAGCUACAAAAUGUGCUAUUUCUAAAGUUAUUUGGAUAAAUGGAUUUUUAUGUUUGUUUCGUCUUUCUUCAUGGGAAGAGGGUGGCCUCUGUGAAGAUUCAAUACACUUAGGAAACUGAAGAAACUGGAAAUCUGAACUGUGAAUACCUGGUCAUUAUAAUUUUUUUUCUGUUACAGGGUAUAAACAGCAGUGCAAAACUGUUAAGUGAGAGGGGAGAAAAAGGGAGUAAGUUUUCUCAUUACUAAAUCAAUCAAAAAGCAUAUUUGUCAUGUAGCCAUAUCCUUCCCUCCCAUCUUCCUUCCAAAACAACUGGAUAUUUCUCUUCGUGUUUAUUGCA